AUGCCGCCUCGGCGAUGCCAGCGUUUUGUCGGGACUUUUCGCGAUCGGAUUAACGCUCGUGCGGUGGCACUGUCGCCGGCGUUGUAUCGACUAGAGCGUUGCGUCGUGGCGAAGCCUAGCACCCACUCCAGCGUGCUCAAUAUGUACUUCGUGGUGUUGGUCAGGACUGAUUGCGUUCUUUCAGUGGGAGGCAGGAGGCAGCAGGAGGAGGAAGUACAGGACAGCCGCUUUCGCUUCGAGCACCGACGCUCAGCUCGGUAUCCCGUUGGCCACAUACCUGAAGCACAAGAUCGACCGGAUGUGGGGCGACAAUCAAAUCCAACGUACAACCUGUGCGCCAUGUUGCUGAGGCAUGUUGAGACGUACCCGAACCACCGAGUCGUCUUCUGCGGCAUCUCGCACGGGGCAGCCUUGGCACAGGCCGCUGCCCUGAAAUUCAAAGACCAGCAGCAGAGCGCGGACGUUUUUGUAAUCACGUGGAACGCUUACCGGUGGACGGACGACAGUGGGUCGAGGGCCGUCGAGCGCACCUUCGGCUACCGGUUCCUGCCGCUCGUUAUGUCGCGCCGCCGUGGUGGCACUCGGUCGACGCGCUACUGGGACAGCGUGGCCCAUUUCCCCGACACCUUGUCCGCGAUGCCGAACGUGGCGCUCCUCGACGCGGACACGGGUGGCAUCAUCACACCGCGACCCUUCGGCGGGAACGCGCCUCGGGCCGCUGUCCCUGAUGCGUAUGCUCGAGCUCCACUUCGCCAAGGGCGCGCUGAGUGCGACCAGGAAGGCGACGGAGCUGGUGAUCAAUGCCUGGUGCGCGGGAGACCCGCCACUGCAGGAGGGUGCCGAGGACCUCGCCGCGCGCCGGUCCAACGGGGCCGCCGCGCCGGGCGGCCGCGACGCCGCCGCGUUCUUCACCGUGGAGGCGCCGCGGGCCGCGGCGGCGGCGGCGCUCGCGCGGCCGCGGCGCCGCAGGUGGACCUCGCUCGUUAG